AUGAGUCAGUUUCGCAUCUCUGAACGGUCUCAGGACUCGAUCACACUGGGUCGCUUCCAGCUCGCCAAGUUCUCCUAUGCUAUAAACUCUAAGACUAACAAAGGACCAUUUUCCUGGAGCCAUGUCUACGGAGACAGUGAGCUCGUUGGGGUAUUCAGAAGAGAUGUUACGCCAUCACCUGAGAAAAUCAUGUUCAAAAUCACUGGCAAGGAUUCCACACUCGAGGAAAUAAACCUGACGGAACUAGCAAAAGAACUUGAGAAUCAAUUACAGGGCAAUGCGAAACCAUCAACAGUUUCACUUGUCGUGAGGCGGCCUUGCCUUGCCGUCAAGUAUCCAUUGAGCAGUGACCGUGCCUACCGGUUCCAGAUCAUGUUUUCAUCUGACCGUGACUACUCUGCAGCCCUCAGCAUUCUAAGUGAAAUGAAAUGCUUGUUCUUCGAGAUGAACGCUACCCCAGGACGCCAGGGCAGCAGGCUGGGUUCAUCACAUCUCAGCUUUAGAAAUGGUCCAUCAUGUUCACCUGAUAACUUCACGCCUAGUAUCAGAAUGGCUCACUCUAUUGUGCCAAAUCCUGGGAGAAACACCAUCUCGGACCGCUCGCUGGCAUGUUCGUCUGCCGGUUCUGCUACUCUCGCGGGUAGCAGCCGCGGUUUCGAUACACUAGAUAGUAAGGACGAGCCGCAUAAUGCGACAUCUCCGAGUCCAGUAGCGACAGAAAGGACUAAGCCACUUCUUAAUGAGAGUGAAGAGCCGUUAUUCAGACCAUUGAAGGGUAUAGCCCAUCGCGACGUUGAAGACGUCGACCUACCCCCAAAGAGAACUCUUCCUUGGGAGGGACAAGCCCCCAGAAAAGCACGAAAGACGGAGAAACCAGCGAGCCCUAUGCCUUCCAAGGCAUCUCGUACCGGAAUACGUGGUCCCAAAUCAUCCCCUAGGGCAACAAAGUCCCAAUGCGGACCUCCAAGACGACAGGCCACACCACCAGCUCCAUCGGCGUCUAUAAGGGAGCCUACCACCCGAGCAAUGUCAGCCAGCGUAGGAACCCAGACCACCAUCGAGUCACCGAACGCCUCCGACUCCACUGCCGCUGCUUUAACCCAGUUCCUAUCUUAUCCGCCUAGCGAGAGAGAUGCGAAGCUCGAAGAGACGUUCUGUAGCCUGCUCAACGAUAACGCAUUCAUGCAGCUUUGCAUAGCUGUAGAGGGAGCUUGGACACGGGUUGCUGUUGGGAAGUAG